AUGUCCAAGGCCUAUGGCUUCAGCGGCGCCCCGAAGAGACGUACGAUGACUACCGCUGACUUCAGAGCCAUGGCCGACUUUCUAUCACUCAGGAGCAAUGUAUUUAUGCCCUCGUUCAUGUACGCCUUCCUGAAACGUGCCAUCCAUAAGACACACCUGUACUUCAUUGACGAGCUGGAGAAAGUCCAACGUACAUUCAGUUCCGUCUCCACGCCCACAGCCCCCAAGACACCUGUCAGCCCAGAUGUACAGGCGGUCAAUAGAUUCGCUGGCUUGACGCUGCAAGAAACAACAGAAGACGACCGCAAUGUCGAUGAGCCAGUAACUACAGAACCCGGCGUAUUCACGAAACACGUCCAAGAUGAUGUGGUUUUCGAACCUUGGAAAGACGACCUGGAAGAGGCCUUGUUCCAAUGGCGCCUGUUCAACAUGGAUGUGCAGCGUAUUCGAAACCAGAUCACCCAGCUCUGGGGACUGUACCGAGCGGAUGAGCUGGACCUCGCGAGUGUUGCCACCGCCCACAACAUGGCCAUCCACGUGGUGCGGAAUCUGGAGCAGGACUUCCAACCCGUUUUCGACAAACACGUAGGCUACCGCAAUAUGGGGACUGUUCCUGGAGCCGAAAGUCGAUCAUUCAUCGACGGCUUCGAUAUUGCGGAGGAGGAGAUGCUCUUCGCCUGGCAAGCCCUGGGAAGCGAGGUCGUGGCUUGGAAUACUUGUGGGGGCGUUCACACCUACGAGGGCAAAUGGGGACCAUUCGUUCCAAGCGAUGACCGCCAAAACAUGUCAAACCGCGAGAGAUACAAUCAAGACAAAGUGACCGCUUGCAAAGCAGUCGUCGAUAUACAGAUUCUCGCGAUAUUUCUGAACCGGCGUGUGGGGAUGAAACUGGAUGGGCUAUCGAUAGCCAUCGAAGAGUUAGUCCCAUGGAGCUUUGAAGAUGCUUUCAAACAUGAGGGCAUGAUUUUCCCUACUCGUGAAACCAAUAUCACUUUCCGGAUGGUUUUCGCAACUCAGCUGCUGCUCGAUUCGGUCCACGCUUUGGGCAGAAUCGUCGCCCGUCCUGGGCGGGAGCUCCGAGACAUAUCCGCUCGUAUUUUCAAAUCCUGCAAGGGUACGCGGGACUUCUACAAGAGCGCUGCUGGGUCUGUCGCCCUUGGGCAACUACCUGGGCCAUCCUUCGCUGAUGAAGUAGAGAGAUCAGCCCAGUUCUGGCGGGAUCCAGACCCAGUCGCCAAGUUUCGCUUACAGGUUCAGGGCCUUACGGCGGAUUCUUCGAACAUGCCUCCGGAAGGCGAAGAUUACACGGUGCUAACACACAAUCUACCACUCAGUGGAUGGUGGCUGCAUUGUCUUCGAGCCAAUUUCUAUGCCCACGGGAUGACAAUGGCCAAUUCCUUGAUUUUACCCAAAUCCUGCGCUCGACUGUAUUUCGCUUCCACGGAGGAGGGCUUGCUUCCGAAAGGAAGCUGGCCUGAUAUGGAAGCUUUCUCUAUCCUGCAUCGAGGCGACUUGUGGUUGGGUGAAGCGCCGAGGCGCGGCCAGUACCUGAAAAGCUUGAUGCUCGCCGCAGGAGGCUCCACCGUCGGAUCUGCCCGCGAUGCUCGCUACACAAGAAGAUCUGCGAUUCGCAAAGACGCCAAGGCCAACCUCUCAUACGGCGCACCAGUCUCGACGAAAAUCUUCGACGCCUUCGCGUUGCGCGAUGUCGAAGGGAUCAGUGAGAACGAGUUGGAGCAACUUAUGGCUGAGACGAAGCUGCGUUGGUACGGAGGCAAAGCUGUAAGGCCUUGCUUCCAUCACGGCUGGGCCAAGGCUGGUGACUAUCAAAGUCAUAAAAAUUCUGCGGCUUCCUCCAAGACUGACAACCCCUUUCUGCGGCUUGCGCAGGCCCUUGACGCCGAGGCACUGGAGCAGACCUUCGACUACAUAUCCCUGAAUCGCGUCUGCUGGAUGGUGUUGCAAGAGCUGUUCAAGAAGGGCCGGCCAAUCAUCGAAGCCGCUUGUGGCAAAGAUCUAAAGCCGGUUUGGGACGGAGUCGAAGGCGUCAAGGCGCACAAGGUCGUAUUCUACACCUUCUUCGCCCUGUUCCCCCAAGAUGGCACCGUGCGACGCGAGGCGUCUGAAAUUGCCGAGAUACUUCUGGGAAUGACGAAAGGCUUUGGACGCGUUGUCCACACUUCGACGGGGAAGGACUGGGCUCAUGAGUUGCGUUGCACCUGUGCUGAUAUAUCAGCAUAG